AUGGUUCUCCUUCGAGAGCUCUCCCUCGCAACGUUCCUUGCCCUAGCUGGCAGCGCGAAUGCUUUUUAUGGAAAAUCUAGCGGAGUUAUUAUGCUUGAUUCGAAAAAUUUCGAGAAGGAGAUUUUAAAUACUGAGCAUGCUUCUGUGCGUUGCCGCCCCGUUUGAUGCUGCUGCUGUAAUUGAGCUGUUGAUGAGCUGGUGAGCUAAUAAUGUCACUGAGGAUGGCAGAUUGUUGAGUAAAACCCCCACCAACCACUCACGCCCCCCCCCCUCCUUUUGUUUUGAUUUGUUCGGAAAGAUGCUGAGAUGGAUUUUUCCCCAUAAAAAAGAUUCUUUGCACCAUGGUGUCAGUUCCCCCUCGCUCCGAGGGCUUUAUUGCGUGGAUUUGUGUGCUGACAUUUUCCGCAGGCGGGCACUGCCAAAACCUUAAACCGAUAUACGAGAAGGCCGCCAAAUCCCUCAAGGGCCUCGCAAAGGUAGCUGCGAUUGACUGCGACGAAGAGAAGAACAAAAGGCUCUGCGGAGAAUACGGGAUACAGGGAUUCCCCACCUUGAAGGUCUUCAAGCCUGGAAAAAGGAAGGGGAAACCCAUCGUCGAAGGUGCGCGAGCAAAAUGAGACCAAUUUUGAAGGAAGGGACCAACGGCUUACACUUAAAAGACUACCAGGGUGCUCGGAAAGCCGGUGCAAUCGUUAGCCAUGUCGCCGAGCUGAUUCCGAACCAUGUUGCCCGAGUCACUGACGCCAAAUUUGACGACUUCCUCUCUGAGAAUAAUGAAACAGCGAAGGCGAUCUUAUUUACUAACAAAGGUGCUACCACGCCUCUCUGGAAAGCUAUAGCAAUUGAUUAUCUUGGGAUUAUGGGUUUUGCUCAGAUCCGCGACAAGGAGAAGCACGCGGUCGAGACCUUUGGUGUUAUCAAGUACCCCACAGUUGUGCUCUUGCCAGGUGGAGAUGCGGAGGGAAUAGUUUAUGAAGGCAACGGGUUCUCGAAGGAUGCAUUGCUAAAGUUUUUCCAGGCCACUGUGCCACUAACCAAGGGGACUUCUCCCUCGGCGGAGCCUAAUGAAAAGGAGACUUCGAGUGGUACGCAAGAGAGCAAGACCUCUACUGUUAAGGAAACUCCAACCCCGAAACGCAAGUCCAUCUAUCUAUUCGUACACACAAUUCUUGCGAAAAUCUAACCCUUCCUCGCAGCAAAACCCGUAAUCCCCACCCUCGAAGACCAAGACUCCCUCACCGCUGCAUGUCUCCAACCAAAGUCAAAAACCUGCAUCCUGGCAAUCGUCUCCUCGUCAGCGCCCACCGAUGUCCUCGCAGAAGUCUACAACAAACUCCUCUCCCGCAGUCCCGCCGGCGCUUUCAAAGUCUACAUCCUCUCGGCCGGAUCUACCCAUGCCCGGGAGCUCGCUGAGAAGCUGCUCGUGGUGGGCGAUGAUGGGUCAAAGUUGGUUGCGUUAAACGCGCGCCGCGGGUGGCUUAGGAAGUUUGGUGGUGACCUAGACAGUGAGGAGGAGGUGCUUGCUUGGCUGGACGCUACGAGGCUAGGUGAUGGUGCGAAGGAGAGGUUGCCUGCCGGAGUUGUUGAGGAGGAGAGGAAGAAGAAGGAGGAAGAGGAGGAGGAAGAGGAGGGGCACGGCGAGCUGUAGCUGUUUUCAUUUUCAUUUUCUAGCCACAACGUUUCGGGAGAUGUGUUUUUCCAUUUUUCUUUCUUCUGAUUGAGGAAACAGAAUGCUGAUAAAUAAAUUCAACAAAUAUCACACCUUG